AGUAAGGUAGACACUCUGGUCUGACAUUCUGAGACGAUUGGGCUCACAGUACUAGUUUCCGUGUGUCUUCUGUGUACACUCCUUGACCAAUACCAGUGAACUACGCCUUAACUCUGACCACGUGUCACCACUCAAACCCAGAAUCGCCAAUUACGAUUACUUUGCCAAUAGGUUUUUGUUCAACAAAUCGAUUUGUCGAUUCUGCUGCUUCGAACAUAUACAACCAUAUACCUGAGGCUGGGCUGGCACCAUCGGAGACAUUCGGACAUUCUGAGAUGAUUGGGUUCACCAUACUAGUUACAGCAUGUCUCCAGUAUACUUACAGCCAUACUGUCUUUCGUCAUUUCACAAGGGCGGAGGAAUUAGAUGAUAAAGUUGGGAAGGACUGGAAUCGGGAUUUGGCCUACGACACAUUUGUUGACUGUGCAGGACUUUGUUUUCAGAAUAAAACCUGCCAUAGUUUCUCCUUCUACUCUGGGGCGUGUUAUAUUCGUAACACAUACGAUGUCCACACAAAUAUCACAUAUCUGGAUUCACCUGGAAUGAAGACGUUCUUGAAGAAAGAUAACUGCGUCUCUCCAUACAAACCGAUUGAAGACACAUGCAUAUGGGUGUCCACUUCUUCUGUGCCCAAUGCAGCGGCAAGACUGAAAUGUCAGAUGGACGGCGGAGACUUGAUGACCGUGAAGACGCCUAACAAACUGAAACUGCUUGAAGCCUUUAUGACUGCAAAUGGUAUCGAUGUUAGCGGAAGACGCGCAAUAGGUGCCUAUCUGGAUGUGGACAGUAUGGCGUGGAAGUGGGUGGAUGGAGAAACACUCAGUAGCCCAAGCCUUUGGUGUCAACCAGGCCAUGCACUGGUUGUUACAGAACCUUGUUUAGAGUUGUUUAAGGGCGAUAUGUUUGACGGCCGGACCUGUUUUACAGACAGUGCCGGCACAUUCGCUUAUGGGUAUAUUUGUGAAAUAACGGAGUAGAACAUAAUAGUUCUUAGUGAAAAACAACCAUUCCAGUCCAUCAUGUAGAAUCUUGUUUACAUUUAAGGAAAGCGUAUUAGACUGUUCCUGCAUAGUCACACAUGAGUAUAUUUGUGAA